AUAGCUACAUAUUUUCUUUGAGGUCGUACAUACAUGUCAUUAAGAUCUGAAAGCAACAAAUUAUAUAAAUUUUAUCAAUAAAGAGAGCUGUCCUCUAACGGCAAAAAUAAGAAAAAGUCAGCCAUAUUUGUACAAGAAGGACAUCUAUUAUAAUUUUAUAAAUGGCUGAAAGUUUAAAGAAUUUUGGAAGUGUAGUGUUCAACAACCGGCAUAUAAUUUUUAAAACGAUAUUCUCAAAUACUAAACAAUUUGUCACGAUGUCCGAAUCAUUAAAUAAAGUACCCGAUGUGGAUAUUGAUGGCCACGGAAGAUUUAAAUAUAUCUUAAUCAACGUUUUUGACGAAGCUAAUAACGUUAGCAAAUCUAUUGUCAGAGGUUAUGCUAGAGCUCAAUGGCAUAGUGAGUAA